AUGGACAAGACUAAGUUGAGACAACGGGCCGUCUUCACACGAAAUUCACUCUUUGAUGAGGGGUUCCUUGAUGAGCAAUUCAUUCAGUUAGAGGAAUUGCAAGACGAUGUUAAUCCCAAUUUUGCGGAAGAAAUUGUGACCCUUUUCUACAGCGACUCUGUAAGACUGAUCUACAACAUAGAACGAGCACUGAUGAGUAACCCUCCGAAUUUCACCAAGCUAGAUGGUUACAUGCUUCAAUUCAAGGGUAGUUGCUCAAGCAUCGGAGCAAAGAAGGUGAAAAAUGAAUGUACCAGAUUCAGUGAAUAUUGCGCAGCAGAAAACUUUGAGGGAUGCUUCAGGACUUUCCAACAAAUCAAUGUAGAGUAUACGACUUUGAAGAAGAAGCUCGAGACUUACUUUCAGUUGGUAAGGGGAAGCUGCUCAAAUUAAACAAUAUACACAUAGCACAUGGCUGCUGAUAUGAUGAUAUCCUUUUUGAGGUCGUUCCAGCAUACCAGCUGAUCACCAUUCGAGCAGAUCUACGUAUUAUGCAUACAAUAUACAGUAACAGAAUAUAAUGAUAUUUAUACAUCAUUUUUUUACACCAUUAUUACACAAUUUUCUUUGAAUAGAAAGAAAAAACACACACAUUUCAUUACAAAAAUAAGGUCAUAUCCCAAUAGACAAAAUGGUGGAGCAAUUAUUAAUUAGACUUGUUCUUAUUAAUAUAAUUUUUGCCUAAUAAAAGUUAUUUUUAUUAUAAAAUAUUAUAAAUUUGUACUAAAAAUAUAAUGUAUUACACCACUUGGCCAACCAUAGUAUAAUAUAUAGCAUUGAUGCUAUGCAUUAUUAUUUAAUGCCAAUAAAACUAUUUAUUUUAAGUAUAUAUUUAUUUGUUAAUAUAUAUCCUUAGUAUAUCAUAAUUAUUAUAUAAUACAAUAUUUAUAUUAACAUUGUAUUUUGUAUGACAAUAAUUAUAUUAACAGAACAAGUCUGACUACUAUCAUGUUUUAUCUGUUAUGACGUGGAAUUUUUUGUGUUCUAAUCCAACUUUUACAUCUCAAACAAAUAAGUGUAUGCAUGGUGUAAUUUAUUUUGAUGUCCAAGUAUCAUUUAUCAUAUAAAUUCCAUAAUGUAAGACAGUCUAAUCCCUCGUGAUCGUGGGUUAAGCUUUUAUGUUUUUCUUUAGUUUUAUUAGUGUAUAUAUACUACUAGUCUGUAUGAAUUAGCCUCCACUAUUGGUACAAUUGGCAAAUGUUUAUCAGAUUCCCUUA